CUUCAAUUCCUGCGUGGUUAUGCAAAUGCUGUAGUCGCCCUACACCGCCCUACCCUGCCUCUGUGUACUCGACCCGUGUCCCAAUUGCACCAACUCCACCUUUCUAAUACGACAGCAACCACUCAUUGCUGGUGCAAUACCAGCUGCUGGGCAAGAUGAGUUACAUGAAGAAAAACGAAGAUGAGGACCAGGUCAUGAUCAAGCUUGAUCGGACCUCCGUUUUCCAAGAUGCACGUCUAUUCAAUUCCUCUCCUAUCUCGCCGCGAACAUGCCGAACGUUACUCACCAAGAUCGCUGUCCUUAUGUUCACCGGGGAGCAGUUCCCUACGAAUGAAGCCACCACCCUCUUCUUCGGAAUCUCCAAGCUUUUCCAGAACAAAGACCCGUCAUUGCGGCAGAUGGUGUACCUGAUCUUGAAGGAGCUUGCUGGCACCGCCGAAGAUGUGAUCAUGUCGACCAGUAUCAUUAUGAAGGACACCGCGGUGGGAAGCGAUGUUUUGUACCGGGCUAAUGCCAUCAGAGCGCUCUGCCGCAUUAUCGAUGGUUCCACAGUACAAGGUAUCGAGCGACUUAUCAAGACCGCCAUUGUUGACAAGACCCCCUCGGUCUCCUCCGCGGCCCUGGUCUCUUCCUACCACCUCCUCCCCAUUGCGCGCGAUGUUGUCCGGAGAUGGCAGAGCGAAACACAGGAAGCGGCCUCGUCAUCGAAAUCAUCCACCGGGUUCCUUGGUUUCUCCUCGAGCUCACAGAGCCACGCCAUCUCCAACUCGAAUUUCAUGACACAGUACCAUGCCAUCGGUCUUUUGUACCAGAUGCGCUCGCACGACCGCAUGUCUUUGGUCAAGAUGGUACAGCAGUACGGUGCUGCAGGUGUGGUGAAGAGCCCGGCUGCUCUGGUUUUGUUGGUACGUCUGGCGGCCAAAUUGGCUGAGGAGGACCAAGGUCUCCGGAAACCCAUGAUGCAGAUGUUGGAUGGCUGGCUCCGCCACAAGCAUGAGAUGGUCAACUUCGAGGCAGCCAAGGCUAUUUGCGAUAUGCGCGAUGUCACCGACGCCGAGGCAACUCAGGCAGUUCACGUUCUCCAGCUCUUCCUGUCCUCUCCCCGCUCGAUCACCAAGUUCGCUGCCAUCCGUAUCCUACACAACUUCGCCUCUUUCAAGCCACACGUCGUCAAUGUCUGCAACCCCGAUAUGGAGUCUCUCAUCUCCAACUCGAACCGCUCUAUUGCCACGUUCGCCAUCACGACAUUGCUUAAGACCGGCAACGAAGCUAGCGUUGACCGUCUGAUGAAGCAAAUCUCGGGCUUCAUGGCCGAUAUUACCGACGAGUUCAAGGUCACUAUUGUUGAGGCCAUUCGCACUUUGUGUUUGAAGUUCCCCAGCAAGCAGGCCGGUAUGCUCGUUUUCUUGAGUGGCAUCCUGCGGGACGAGGGUGGAUACGAGUUCAAGCGCACUGUUGUUGAGAGCAUGUUCGAUUUGAUCAAGUUCGUUCCUGAAAGCAAGGAAGAUGCGCUUGCCCACCUCUGUGAGUUCAUUGAGGACUGCGAGUUCACCAAGCUCUCGGUUAGAAUCCUGCACCUGCUUGGUUCUGAGGGCCCCAAGACUACCUCACCCACCAAGUAUAUCCGCUACAUCUACAACCGUGUCGUAUUGGAGAACGCCAUCGUACGCGCCGCUGCUGUCACCGCAUUGGCCAAGUUUGGUGUUGGCCAGAAGGACCCCGAAGUCAAGUCUAGUGUUCAUGUUCUCCUCACCCGUUGUCUUGAUGACACCGAUGACGAGGUGCGAGACCGUGCUGCCCUGAACCUGCGUCUCAUGGGCGAAGAGGAUGAGUCGGCGAGCGCUUUCAUUAAGAACGACUCAAUGUACUCCCUUUCCACCUUUGAACACCAGCUCGUCAUGUACGUGACAUCUGGUGAUAAGGAGACCUUCGCUACUGCUUUCGAUGUUGCCACCAUUCCCGUUGUCUCACACGAGCAGGCCCUGGCUGAAGAGAGGACCAAGAAGCUUACAUCAGCCACUCCCACUCUCAAGGCCCCUUCAGCCGGUCCCCCGAAGGGCAAGGCCGCCGGCGGUAUGGCCGAAGCGGCCAGUGCCUCUGCCACCCAGAAAUACGCAGAGCAACUUCUGCAAUACCCCGACAUCAAGGCGUACGGUAUCUUGCUCAAGUCUUCUGCGCCUGUCGAGCUUUCCGAGAGCGAGACCGAAUAUGUUGUUACCGCCGUCAAGCACAUUUUCAAGGAACACAUCGUGGUGCAAUAUGAUAUUAAGAACACACUUCCAGAUACCAUUCUCGAGAAUGUCACCGUGGUUGCCACGCCAGAGGAAGAGGACGUAUUGGAGGAUGACUUUAUCAUUCCUGCCCCCAAGCUACCCACCGACCAGCCUGGUGUUGUCUACGUCGCUUUCAAGAAGCUCACCGGCGAGAACAGCGUCCCCGUCACCUCCUUCACAAACAUCCUCAAGUUCACCAGCAAAGAAAUCGACCCUACAAGCGGCGAGCCCGAGGACAGUGGUUACGACGACGAGUACCAGGUAGAGGACCUCGAGCUGACAGGCAGCGACUAUGUCAUCCCGACAUUCGCUGGCAGCUUCGAUCACGUCUGGGAGCAGACCGGCGCCAACGGUGAGGAGGAGAGCGAAACCCUGCAGCUCAGCAACAUGAAGGGUAUCAACGAUGCCACGGAACAACUGAUCUCAGCGCUAUCUCUGCAGCCCCUCGAGGGUACCGAUGUCGCACUCAAUAGCAGCACGCACACGCUCAAGCUGUUUGGCAAGACCGUCUCUGGCGGCCGUGUCGCUUCUCUCAUCAAGAUGGCUUACUCCAGCAAGGCCGGUGUCACUACCAAGAUCACUGUCCGAGCAGAAGAGGAGGGCGUUGCCGCCGCUGUGAUUGCUUCUGUGUCUUAAUCCUUCUCUCUGCUUUUCUUUUUGUCGUUACGUGCUUAAUCCUGGUUGGGGGGACAAGAGCGUGUGUCUUUUUUCAUGUGUCUUGGUUCGUUAGAUUGCGUCGUCCACCCCUCAAAACUCGUCAAUGCAACUUUUCAUCCAAAUAUCAUAUUAUAUUU